GCCGCCCCAUGAAGUGUAUAGGAAGUUCCACCAGCGCAUAUACGGGUGUUUUCACUUCAUGUGUGUUGCGGAAUAUUUGCGUUGUCGUGCUGGUGGCGCCAAACACGGAACACGGUGAAUGAGAUGGCUUCGGCCAGAAGAUCGUGCAGAAAUAAGCCCGACGUGUUCUGCUACAUAUGUGGAAAAUACACCAUUGCUCCUAAUAGGAAGCCAGUCACAAGUUUCAUAAGGCGUGCUUACCAUGCUUAUUUUGGUAUUAAACUUGGUGACCAGGAUAAAGCUUGGGCGCCACACAUGGUGUGCAAGGCAUGCACCGAGACUCUACGUGGGUGGACCAAUGGCAAGAGGAGUCUGAAAUUUGGAAUUCCAAUGGUUUGGAGGGAGCCGACAAACCAUGUCACUGACUGCUACUUCUGCGCUGUUGAUGUGACUGGGAUCAACAGAAAGAACCGGGGCAGCCUGAAGUAUCCUGAUCUUCAAUCAGCACGUCGUCCUGUAGCUCAUUGUGACGAAAUUCCAGUGCCUAUCUUUGGAAAACUUCUUGACAUUAGUGACGAAGAUGCCUACAGUAUUGAAGGACAUGAAGAAGAAGAAGAAGAAGUGGUUUUUGAAGAUGAUGCUCCACAUCCACUUUCCCAAAAGGAGUUGAAUGAUCUAGUUCGCGACCUCAGCUUGGCAAAGGACUCUGCCGAACUUUUGGCAUCCAGACUGAAGGAAAAAAAACUCCUCUCUGACAGUGCUCGCAUCAGCUUCUUCCGCAACAGGCAUCAAGAGUACCUCCGUUUUUUCUCUGAAGAGAAGGACUUGGUGUACUGUGCAGAUAUUGCGCAGCUUCUGCUCAAGCUUGGAGUGCCACAGUACGAACCCAAAGAUUGGAGACUGUUCAUUGACAGCAGCAAGCGAUCACUGAAAUGUGUUCUGCUACACAACGGCAACCAGUUUGCCUCUAUACCCCUGGCUCACUCAACUACACUUAAGGAGAAGUAUGAAGCGGUGAAGUAUGUGCUGGAGAAAAUUGGUUAUGGUCAGCAUAAGUGGUUUAUUUGUGUUGACCUGAAGAUGGUGAACUUUUUGUUGGGACAACAGUCUGGCUUCACCAAGUACCCAUGUUUUCUGUGCAUGUGGGAUAGUAGGGACCGUGCUCAGCAUUACACGAAGAAGGACUGGCCUGUGCGGGAGGAAUUGGUGCCUUGCAAAGAAAGGAAUGUCAUCAACGACCCUUUGGUGGACAGAGACAGAAUACUCUUCCCACGCUGCACAUCAAGCUCGGCUUAAUCAAGCAGUUCACCAAGGCUCUGGACAAGGAUGGUGACUGCUUCACUUACUUGUGCCAGGCUUUUCCAGGAUUGACCAUGGAGAAGUUGAAAGCUGACAUCUUUGACGGUCCUCAGAUCCGUCAGCUCAUCAGAGAUCCAGAGUUCGAAAACCUCCCUGCCGCUGAGCAUUCCAGGAGUUCAAAGAAACGGAAGUUCAAGCCCUGAAGUUUGAAAAAUGGUGAAGCAACAUGUAAUUUACGUGUACUUACCUUUAUCAAUGCCCACCAUUCAGUUUACAGUAAUCGAUGUUUCUAUCAGGUAAUCAAUAUAUGUUGUUGGAAAAACAUUUUUUUCUCUUAAAAACAUAUUUAGGAUGAUAUGUGUUGACAAAAAUCAGCUGAUAAUGCCACAAAAUUGUAAUAGAUUUUGUCACAAAUUCUGAUUUUUUUCAAAUCAACUUAGCACAAAAACCUGACCUGAUGGAGAGAAACGGAUGCCAUUUCCUGAUUCAGCCGUGCAAAAAUACCCUAAAUCAGUUGUAGAAAUCUAGACAACAUUAAAAAAAUAAAAAAUUGUUGCCCAGUAUUUAUGUUCACGAUUUUAGUCUGACAGUAAAUGUCGUCACUCGAUAUCAUCAAACUAUAUGUGAUUGGCGGAACGUCACGCUCAGCACCCACUAUUGGUUACUGUGAUAACAGCUGUAGAUAUUUACCGUCAGUUCCAAAAAGUAAAUAUCUUAUUUAUUUUUAAGCUUUGUGUAUGUGUGUGUGUGUGUG